UUUACAUUUCUGUGCUUCAAGUCUUAUAAAAACCAGAAUCAAAGAUGGCUGCCGCUGGACUUCCGGCGGGCGGAGAAAUCUAUAGGGUAAGGUACGCAAGGUUGCGCACGAAAAGGAAGUUGCCAUUAUGUUGCAGUUUUUGCUGGGAUUUACCUUGGGGAAUGUGGUGGGGAUGUACCUCGCCCAGAAUUACCAGGUACCGGAUAUAGCCAAGAAGGUGGAGGAUUUUAAGAAGGACCUGGAAGCCAAAAAGAAGCCGCCAAGUGACUGAUCCCCAAUGGAUAUUUCGGAAAGGCCUUAUGUUUAUUAUUAUUAUAUCUUUUGUGUAUUUGUCGGGGUGUCAUGGGCGCCGCCAGGAAUGACGACUGGACUGAAACCCCUGGACUGAGGCUUCUUUGGGGGUCACUUACAGGGAUCUUUCUGUGGCUUCCACUGAGGCCAACGAUUCUUUUCUCUCCGGGUGCAGCCAGACCUUUAUAGAGAUUUUAUUCUGCUCUAGAGGUGCUCACUCCAUGGUUAUUCCCAGUGUACUGGAAGCAAUGGCUCGUAGUCGUCUAUAGGCAGCUUUUAGCUUUUGGGUAUUCAUAAUAAAGUUAUAUUAUUGCUGUAA